AUGCCUCCACCACCACCCCCUCCGCCGCCCAUGCCGCCCAUGGGACGAGGCGCUGGAGGGCCACCACCCCCACCAAUGCUGGGAAAGUCACCGGGGGGAAAAGCAGCGGGAGGAGCAGGCAGAGGUGCACUACUAGGAGAUAUCAGCAAAGGAAUGAAGCUUAAGAAGGUCACCCAAGUCAACGAUAGAUCCGCCCCGAUAACAGGAAAAGUGAGCGACGGCCCCAGUGCUGCGCCUAUGGGAGCACCCGCCAUCCCUGGCAUGGGAAAGCCGCCUGCAGUACCUGGCCUUGCGCCGCCAGUUCCCGGUGGAGGAAACCGAGGGAGGAGUAAUAGCGACACGGGCGAUGGAGGAGGUGCCGCACCGCCGCAGUUGGCAGGAAUCUUUGCUGGAGGCAUGCCAAAGUUGCGGAAGGCAGGCGGCGUAAACACGGGCGCGGACCAAAGCCAUGCGCCAUACCUCUCAGAUCCCGAAUCGAAUCGCGGCUCUGCACCCAAACCACCGCGAGGAGCAGCGCCGAGACCUCCAGGGCUCCCGCCUUCAGCGCCUCCUGCACCGCCUGGAGGACCACCCGCGCGUCCAGGCAUCAAUGCUCUUCGAGGCCAGGAUUCAAGACCCAAUUCGGUAGCUUCAAGUAUAAGCGGGAAGCCAAAGCCACCGCCGCCGAUUGGAAAAAAGCCGCCUAUGCCACCGCCAUCUUCCCGAAAGCCAUCCGGUCUCGCUCCACCGCCUCCAACAGCUUCACCAGCUCGUGCGCCGCCUAUUCCAGGAGGAGCUCCACCUCCACCACCGCCUCCUGCUUCAACCUCUCCUCGGCCCACCGGGGUACCACCACCUCCCCCUCUGCCACCGCCAUCUCCGGCUCCGCGAGCUCCAGCACGAUCGACUCCACCCCCACCGCCAUCGGACGACGAAUACGAUCCCUAUAAAUAUCCUGCUCCAGCCCCUCCACCUCCUCCACCAAAUGGACACACCCCGUCUCUCGCAGAAACAGCAGCACGCAAUGCUUUUGGUCGCGCAUCGCCUGCUGCGCCUCCUCCACCUCCCCCGGCAGCACCACCAAGUGCACCCGCGCCUCCUCCGCCACCCAGCGCCGCUCCGAGUCGACAGGCCUCCCAAACACCAUUGCGAUCAAUGAUGGAUCCCAGCUCGUACACCCUGUCAAACGGAGGAUCGAGUAUCAAGAGUCCGACUCAUUCGGGCGGUGGAAGUAGAGAAAAAGGCAGGGUCAGGCCAAUUCAGGAUUUGAGAUGGAGAUUCCAAGAUGAAGGCCAGUUCCCACGGCCCAGGGAGUUUACCAACGGACCAAAGAAAUAUCGUGCUGGGAGAGGCAGCAGUGUGCCUUUAGAUUUGAGCGCAUACGAAUGA